AUGUUAUUACUUGUUGUAUUAUAUUUGAUAUGGAAAGCUCGUUCACGUCUAUGUCGUCCAUCAACAACUAGUGUACGCAAUCCACGUUUAUCAGCAGCCAAAUUCGAUCUAGAUUAUUGGCUCAAGCAAGUUGAUAUACUCGAUGCGAAAGAAGCUGAACGUAAUCGCGGCGGUCAAUCAUUAUAUCUCGAGUUACCCACAUCUGAUCCACGAGAUAAUCGUGAGGCAACUGCAUCAUGGAUUGUCGAUGCUUAUCGUCAAUGGCGCUUAAUUCAAUAUCGACAACGGCAACCAGUUCUUCGCUCGAAUCCAAAUGAACCAAAAGAAACCGAUCCUAUUCCAUAUCGAAGACGGCGAUAUCUUUUCCGACGAUUUUUCCGACGAAUUCUCUCGUCAUCUCGUCAAGAUCCACUGUAUUUAACAGAACAUUCACAAGCUCUGAUCGCUGGCAUGAGACCAAGCAUAGUAAGUAACAGUUUCAUCCCGCCAGCAAUAACACCCAAUCUGCAACUUCGACGAGUUUCAUCCUGGCCUCGGCUCAAAUCCAAUCGUCACCCAACAGGUGCCCCGAUGAGUGCUCUUCAAACACAUCUUGCUAGAAAACGUCUUCUUAAACGAACAUCGAGAACUACAUUUGAUAUGUAG